AUGGCUUCUUGGUUGCCCAUUCCUCUGGGAAGCCACUUUUCCCUAGCAAAUAUUCCUUUCGGCAUUAUCUCAACGGUCAGCAAGCCUAUCAGAAGACCAGCUGUCGCCAUUGGCAAUCAUGUCCUCGAUCUGUCUGUCUUUGCUAGCCAAGGCGGCUUCGCGAAGCUUGUCGAUCUCCCUAAGGACAAGCUCAGCGUCUUUUCUCAGUCAACACUGAAUGACUUUGCCAGUUUGGGUAGACCCCUACACAAGGCUACUCGAAGUUAUCUACGGGAUGUUUUCCGCCAGGACACGUCUUUCCCGGAACUCCUCAAGGAUAACGAAGCCCUGAAGAAGGAGGCUUUGAUCCCACUUUCUGAAGUCGAAACGCAUCUUCCUCUCAGGAUUGGCGACUACACAGAUUUCUUCGCUGGCCGCAACCAUGCUCAAACUGUGGGCGCCUUAUUCCGAGGCCCUGCCAAUGCGCUGCAGCCAAACUACAACCACCUUCCGGUUGCCUAUCACGGACGUGCCAGCUCUGUCGUUGUGUCGGGCACUCCGCUCCACCGGCCUUGGGGCCAGGUUCUCCCAAACCCAAAGGCUACUGAGCCAGUCUUCCAGCCAUGCAACAGGCUAGAUAUCGAGUUGGAGCUCGGCAUGUUUGUGUGCAAAGGCAACGACCUAGGGGUUCCGAUUCCCGUUGACUCUGCUGAAGAGUACAUCUUUGGCUAUGUCUUGAUGAACGACUGGAGUGCCCGAGACAUUCAGCAGUGGGAGUAUGUACCUCUGGGUCCGUUCAACGCAAAGAACUUUGGCACUACCAUUAGCCCGUGGGUGGUUCUCGCAGAUGCGUUGGAACCUCACAAGACAGCUGGUCUCGUCAAUGAGGUUGACCUGCAACAAUACCUGCGCGAGAAGCGACAGGACAACAUUGUCGACAUCAACUUGGAAGUAUCUCUAACCACCGCCAAGGGUAACACAACAAGUAUUACCCGGACAAGCUCCAAGAACCUCCUGUGGUCUUGGCCUCAAAUGCUCGCCCACCAUUCAAUCUCUGGUUGCAACAUGCGUACAGGAGACCUUCUAGGCUCUGGUACUGUAUCUGGGCUAGACGCCGGAACACAGGGCAGUCUGCUUGAGCAGACUCAGGGCGGCAAGGUUGCGGUUCAGCUGGAGGGCGGCGAAGAACGAAAGUUUAUCCAGGAUGGUGACAUUAUCACUAUCAAAGGAUGGGCUGGAAAAGCCGAGGAUGGUUUGAUUGGAUUUGGUGAAUGCUCUGGUACGAUUCUAUCGGCUGUCCAACGCGGUUAG